AUCUUCUUCUUCACUGUUCUUCUUCUUCUUCUUCUUUCAUCUUGUAUCAUCAUCAUUAUCUAAUUAUUAUUACUAUUAUGUAAGAGAGAAAUACAACACAGGUGUGUGUGUGUUUCAGUGUUUUGUGUAUAUUGUAUAAUUGAUUGCUGUUUUCUUUUCCAAAAGGUUACACCAUUUUAAUGGGUUUCCUGUUGAAGAAGAAGAAAAAAGAUGGAGUACACUCAAGAGAAAGAGGGUUUCUCCUCUUUUGCCCAAUUUCAGAACAACAAUACUCUCAUUCCUCCAUCACUACUAGUGAUCAUCAAAAUUGAACCAAAACAAGAACAACAACAACUAAUUAAACAUUAAUCAGCUGGAUUCAGAUCAAAAUUAAGCUAGAUCGAUCCAUCUUUAAUUAAUUAGCUGACAGAAAGACAUGAAAACCCUAGACUGUUCUGAUUCUUUGGGUGCCCUUAUGUCCAUUUGCCCUACUGCUGCUGCUGCUGCUUCUGAAGAUCAUGCGGCGGGGGCGGCGGUUGGAGUGAACAACAACAACAACAAUAGUCACAUGGGUCGGCAACUGUACGGAAGGGAAUUUCAGGAAUUGGGCGGCGGUGGUGGCGGUGGGAUGGAGAUAGAAGAGGAUGAUUCAGGCGGUUGCGUUUGGGGUGAGAAGAAACGGCGAUUGAGCGUUGAACAAGUGAAGGCUUUAGAGAAGAGUUUUGAGGUUGAGAAUAAGCUUGAACCCGAUCGAAAGGUGAAGCUUGCACAGGAUCUGGGUCUUCAACCUCGUCAAGUUGCGGUUUGGUUUCAAAACCGCCGUGCACGCUGGAAGACUAAACAGCUUGAGAGAGAUUACGGCGUACUCAAGGCUAAUUAUGAUGCUCUUCAACAUAAAUAUCAAUCUCUUCAUCAUGAUAAUGAUUCCCUUCUCAAACAGAUAAAGGAAUUGAAAGCUAAAUUGAAGAUGGAUAUGGAGAUUGAGGAGGACUGUUACGAAAAUAACGAUACGUCGGUAAAAGAAGAAUCGACGUUUGCGUCUGAAUUCAACAUCAAAACCAACGGCCUGAUCACCACCGCCUCGCCGUCGCCGCUCGUCAAUUCUCCCCUCGCCGGAGCCGACCCACAAUUGGAUCUAAAUUUUGAAGGCGUCCACUGUUCCGCCCUACCGGCGACGACAAUCUUCACAGAUAUCAAGGACGGUUCUUCCGACAGCGAUUCCAGCGCGAUACUAAACGAGGCAGGGGACGGUGCGGCAGCUGCCACAUCGACGCCAUUCCAAAGCCAUCACCAGUUUAUGGCGGCGGCACCGUCGAUGAUUAAGUUCGGUUGCGGCGGCGGCGGCGGGGGAUCGAAUUCGAUGAAUUUCAUGUCUUUCACUUCUGAAUCGACGGAGGAGAAAGAGGAGGCGGCGGCGGUUCAAAAGGGAUAUCAGCCGCAGUUUGUGAAGGUGGAAGAAUAUAACUUUUUUAGUGGGGAAGAGGCUUGUAAUCUGUUUUCCGACGAGCAAGCUCCGACGCUACACUGGUAUUGUCCUACCGAUCAAUGGAACUGAA